CAUUCGAGAUUCGAGCGUGUGUUCUGAGCUUGAGCUGCUUAACUCUCUCUCUAGAGUCUAAAGCACGUCCCUGGGUAAUUCGGUAUCGUGCUCCUCCGAUUCAUUUGCAGAGUGCAAAAGAGGUUUCGGUUUAGUUACAACAUUGAUUCAUUCAUUCAGCAUUUUGUUCAGUUUACAUUUCGUCAAUCGUCAUGGGGGAACAAAGUAAAGUAUGCAUCAUAGGAUCUGGAAAUUGGGGCUCUGCCAUUGCAAGGAUUGUUGGUGCAAAUGCAAAAAAGGGUGAUGAAUUUAAUAGCACAGUUAACAUGUGGGUAUUUGAGGAGAUGAUUGAUGGACAAAAACUUACAGAAAUUAUCAACACAACACAUGAAAAUGUUAAAUACCUCAAAGGCUACAAAUUGCCUGAAAAUGUGAUUGCAGUACCGGAUAUUACAGAUGCCAUUAAAGAUGCCAACGUCUUAGUGUUUGUAUUACCACAUCAGUUUGUUCCCAAGAUAUGUAAGCAGAUGAAGGGCAAGAUUGCACCUGGUGCUUAUGCAAUCUCAUUAAUUAAGGGUCUUAUGAGCACAGAAGGUGAUGCUGGGAUUGAACUCAUCUCCAAGUACAUCAAUCGAGAACUAGACAUUCCUGUUAGUGUGCUUAUGGGAGCCAACCUAGCACCAGAAGUGGCAGCUGGAAAUUUCUGUGAAACUACCAUAGGAUGCACUGAUGAAGUUCAAGGACCAACCUUAAAGAAACUCUUCCAAUCAGAAAGUUUUCGUGUUGUUGUAGUUGGUGAUUCAACUGCUGUUGAGCUAUGUGGUGCUUUAAAGAAUAUUGUUGCCGUUGGAGCUGGUAUUUGUGAUGGACUUAGCCUGGGAGACAACACCAAAGCAGCUAUUAUUCGAUUGGGCCUCAUGGAGAUGAUGGCGUUCGCAAAGGAGUUCUAUGAGGGUGUAAAAACAGAGACUUUCAUGGAGAGCUGUGGUAUAGCAGACCUUGUCACUACCUGUUAUGGUGGACGUAAUAGGCGCAUAGCUGAAGCCUUUGUUAAAACGGGAAAAUCAAUUGAGGAACUUGAGAAAGAAAUGUUAAACGGACAAAAGUUACAGGGACCACAAACCGCUCAUGAGGUGCAUUUUAUGUUGAAGAACAAGAAACUUGAACAGAGGUUUCCAUUGCUUACAGCAGUUUACAAGAUCUGCUAUGCUGGCAAGCCAGCUGAUCAGCUCAUACAGUGCCUACAUGACCAUCCAGAGCAUAUGGAUAUCGAGGAUUGUGCGAAGGUAAUUCGUACAUCGGAACCAAAAUCACGCCUCUGAGAUGAGCUGUGGAUGUUCUGAAUUUCCAGGAUUUGAGACCGAAUGAGUUGAGGAUUGGUUUAGGGGUUAAUCCAUGAUGGUCAUCAUUAGUGUUCACCUAUAACUGAUUAUAAUUACAGUAUUAGCACUAAUCAUAAUCAUAAUUAUCAACAAAGGAAUAUCUAGGGGUCUUUAAAAUGGGGGCCCCUCUGAUAAGGGCGAGAUGGUGAAGUUGGAGGAGGGGUGCUCAAUGUAAGUGGGGGGUGGUGCUAGCUCGCAAAGUAAGGUGAUAUGAGGUGAUUUUUAGCUACUUGAGUGUGAUUUUCAAUGUGGGAGGGAUGGGUGACUGGGGUGCGAGCUUUUUUGUGGGGAACCCCUAGAUACACCUGAUUAUCAACACCACCAUCAUAAUCAUUCCUCUAAUUGUCAGUAUCACUGUAGCGGUCCCAAGUUUAAAGAAGCCACUUUUGGGAUGGUUUCAAGAGUUUCAUUCAACACACAUUAUUUGAGGUCAUGCCUUGAGAAAACAAUUAAAAUACAUCAUACAAUGAA